AUGACAGCGCGCCUGGCCUCCGGACGGGCGCAGCCGUUAGAACCCGAUCAGCCGCGCCAAGACGAGGUCGUGCGUCCGCCUCCUCCCGCGCGUUGCCGUCCGCUCCACGUCGAUCGGGUCUUGCGAGCUGCUAGUGGCGCUGGAACUAUUUAUAAGAGAAAGCGAUGCCAUGCGAGACUUGCGACCGAAGCCCCGACCCAGGAUUCAAAUGAGCUCCCCCAAGCCCCGACCCAGGGUUCAAAUGAGCUCCCCGAAGCCCCGAGCCAGGGUUCAAAUGAGCUCCCCGAAGACCCGACCCAGGGUUCAAAUGAGCUCCCCGAAGCCCCGACUCAGGGUUCAAAUGAGCUCCCCGAAGCCCCGACCCACGGUUCAAAUGAGCUCCCCGAAGCCCCGACUCAGGGUUCAAAUGAGCUCCCCGAAGCCCCGACCCAGGGUUCAAAUGAGCUCCCCGAAGACCUGACUCAGGGUUCAAAUGAGCUCCCCGAAGCCCCGCCUCAGGGUUCAAAUGAGCUCCCCGAAGCCCCGACCCAGGGUUCAAAUGAGCUCCCCGAAGCCCCGACCCAGGGUUCAAAUGAGCUCCCCGAAGCCCCGACCCAGGGUUCAAAUGAGCUCCCCGAAGACCUGACUCAGGGUUCAAAUGAGCUCCCCGAAGCCCCGCCUCAGGGUUCAAAUGAGCUCCCCCAAGCCCCGACCCAGGGUUCAAAUGAGCUCCCCGAAGCCCCGACCCACGGUUCAAAUGAGCUCCCCGAAGCCCCGACCCACGGUUCAAAUGAGCUCCCCGAAGCCGCGACCCAGGGUUCAAAUGAGCUCCCCGAAGACCUGACUCAAGGUUCAAAUGAGCUCCCCGAAGCCCCGCCUCAGGGUUCAAAUGAGCUCCCCGAAGCCCCGACUCAGGGUUCAAAUGAGCUCCCCGAAGCCCCGACCCAGGGUUCAAAUGAGCUCCCCGAAGCCCCGACCCAGGGUUCAAAUGAGCUCCCCGAAGACCUGACUCAGGGUUCAAAUGAGCUCCCCGAUGCCCCGCCUCAGGGUUCAAAUGAGCUCCCCGAAGCCCCGACUCAGGGUUCAAAUGAGCUCCCCGAAGCCCCGACCCACGGUUCAAAUGAGCUCCCCGAAGCCCCGACCCAGGACCUGACUCAGGGUUCAAAUGAGCUCCCCGAAGCCCCGACUCAGGGUUCAAAUGAGCUCCCCGAAGCCCCGACCUACGGUUCAAAUGAGCUCCCCGAAGCCCCGACCCAGGGUUCAAAUGAGCUCCCCGAAGCCCAGACCUAG